AAUGUGAGCAAGUCCUUUCUCAGAAAGAGAGCUUUGAUUGGCCCGAAUUCUUUGGAGAAAGGAAAAAAGAUAACGCUAUGACUUAUCUUUUAAUACUCUUCCUUAUGAAUCUUCAACCUGUCCGGAAACGUCAAAAACGUUCAGCAGAGCCUACUCAAAAAGAGAAACGUAUAGACUUUGUUAUCUCUUCGUUUUCGAAGGAACUGGCGCUUAAAGUAUUCAGUUACUUAUCCUCAGCAGAUUUACUGCAAUGCGCAGCUGUCAGUACACAUUGGGCAAAAUUAGCAAACGAUGAAACGCUUUGGAAACCUUUAUUCUAUAAUCGUUUUUGUGAGUCUGAGACGAACGAUCAGAAUCAUAUUGCCAGAAGUAAUAAUAAAAGGAGAACCUCAGCAACACGCUAUGGAGGGAGCUGGAAGACAAAGUAUAGAGUUCAUCAAAAUUGGUUACAUGGAAACUGUUAUGUGAAUGACAUUACUAUAGGAAAUGACACAGAAAGCUAUCCUAACAGUCAACAGUUGUUUCAAAUGACAAAAGAUAUCAUGUUUGUAGUUUCAGCAGACAAGUGUAAAAUAGACGUUUGGAAGUACAUCAAGGACGAAUCCAGAUUAUUGUGUCGCAUUGAAUCGGCUAGACUUGCGAAUUCUAAAAUAACAUUUAUUAGAUUAAUUGAUGGUAACCCACUUCACUUGCUCGGGGGUUAUGCAAAUGGAGGCUUUGUUCUAUGGGAAAUCAAAGCCAACUUGGGAAGUCUAUCCAUUAAUGAAAUAACAAAUCAUAACCCUCAAACAGAUAAGGAUGACAGUGUGAUAUCCAUAGGAAUGGACUUUCCUAUUGUUCUGCUAUGUACAAAGAAUAUGAAACUAUCUGCAUUUUAUAUCGAUGAAACAAACACAGUUCGACCUAUUCAUCGACUACAAAGUCCUGUCGAUUGGAGCUCAGUACACAUUGACAUUCACAAGCAAACGCAUAAUCAGCCUUUAUGGGUAGCCACCAUAUGUUUUAGCUUGGCAAUCGGAAACCAUGCCACAUCUGUUGGUUUACAAGAAGUCAUUUUAUCUUCUACAACUAUUGUCUCCUCCCGACAUGCUUCUGCUCUAGAAUCUGAGCCGUUUUUCUUUUCUUCCAGCAUGAGCUAUUACUUACAGCAAAAUACUAAUGACUCAAACGACAGCAGCUUAGUUACGGCUAUGGCAUACUCUCCACCUUACUUAAUCACAGCCCAUCCCAACAAUACCAUCAAGAAAUAUAUUAUUACCAAAAACAGAGGAUUGGAUAUUCGUUUUGAAAAAAUAUUGUAUGGCCACACGUUUAGAGUAGAAGCUUUGGCUUUACAAAAAGAAAAGUUGGUCAGUGCUGACAGAUCAGGAAUUAAGAUUUGGAACCUAUUAAAAGAUGAUACAGCUGUAACAAUUUAUACAAACAAAAACCAAUCCUUCUUGCAAGAUCUUCCAGCUUUACGUAUAAGGACACUAUGCUUUGACGAAGAUAGAAUUGCUGCAUUCGCCAAGGAUGACAAGGAUUCUUUUGUACGUUUAUGGUCAUUUGAUUCAAGGCAAAAGUAAUUUACUCCCAUCUUAUACAUUAGAAAGCUUUGAAAAAUGAGCUUAUAAUUAUGUACAUAUUAAAAUUCACAAUUGUUCAUAAAUGCAUUUCACCAAAAAAUUAAUUUGUUGCAUGACAUUUCGGUAUUGGGAUGUGAGAAUUAGAAGAGGAAGAAAUAGAUGGAUGGAUAGAAAGUUACAC